AUGUCAGAGAAGUCCCCCAUCACUAUGCCUCCAAAGGCGGUCAUUGCGCGACACACACCAACUGUGAGCGAGGCCACUCUUACCAAUGGAGACAGAAUCAAUGAGAAACACUACUCCAAGGAGAGCGAAUCAUUACAUCUUGACCUCGACAAGGAUAUCGAUGUGGAAGCACAGACCCAACAUACUACCCAACGCAAACCCAAGGUGUUUGCAUCCACUCGAUAUGCCAUUCUCACAUUAUACCGACGUCUUUUCACGUUAGUCUUCUGCGCUAACGUUGCUGUCUUUGUGUACGUCAUGAGCACGGAACAAAAACUAUUGGCUCUGGUCAACGCCACAGCUGCCAAUUUGCUCGCUUGCGGUCUGGCCCGCCAACCGUUAGUGGUCAAUGCUAUCUUCUUGAUAGUAUGCUCGAUGCCGCGCUCAGCGCCGCUACCCCUGCGUCGGAUUGCUGCGAAGGUCUACCACUACGGUGGUGUCCAUAGCGGGUGUGGAGUCGCUUCCCUCGUGUGGUACAUGGGAUUUGUGGGCGUGCUAUCCCACCAGUAUUGGAAACCAUCACCGGAGGGUCCGGAGAUUGGCAUUUCAGCAGCGCCAGUCGCGCUAGCUUAUGUCAUCUUGGUUCUGUUAUUGGCGAUAAUCGUGGUGGCCCACCCCGCCUUCCGGAUGAAACGUCAUGAUUAUUUCGAACUCACCCACCGUUUUUCAGGGUGGCUUGUCGUGGCCUUGUUCGUUGCUUUGUUGCUCGUAUUCUCACGAGGUGCCAGCAAGUCCUUGGGCCAGCCACUGGGAACAUUCCUUAUCGAACUGCCAGCAUUCUGGUUCCUGAUUUUCACUGUAGCGGCCAUUAUCCAACCUUGGCUAUUGCUCCGAAAGGUUGCGGUGCGGGCCGAGCCCCUAUCCACCCACGCAACCCGCUUGCACUUUGACCAUGCUGUUACCACUUUUGGAAAGGGCAUCCAACUAGCUAAGCACCCGCUUCGCGACUGGCAUGGUUUUGCCACUUUCCCGGACUCUUCUCCCUCGGGCGUUCAUGGCAACCCAAGCUUCUCUUCCUUGGUGUCCAAAGCUGGCGAUUGGACUGCAGAAACAAUCCAGAACCCGCCCACCCAUCUCUGGAAGCGGGGUGUGUUGAUCUAUGGCUUCGCUUAUGCCAUGCGCGUUUUCAAGAGAGUGGUAGUUGUCACUACUGGGUCGGGCAUCGGACCUUGUCUGUCAUUCCUUGGUGAUGAUAACCGACCUGCACUGCGUGUCCUCUGGCAAACCCGUGCGCCUCGAAAGACCUAUGGUGACGGGGUGAUGCAUAUGGUCCACAAGAUGGAUUCAGCCCCCAUCAUCCUAGACACCGACAAGUGUGGGCGUAUGGACAUGGUACCCAUCAUCUUGCAGCAGGUCAGGGACUUCAAAGCUGAAGCGGUGUGCGUGAUCAGUAACCCUGUGCUGACGGCGCGAAUCGUCUAUGAGCUUGAAUGUCGAGGGACCCCGGCCUUUGGCCCCAUUUUUGAUUCCUAA